CCCUGCUGGACCGGUUGGGCGGCUCCGCUCCGGCUCCUUAAAUGGGGGGUUGUUCAGGGUAGCCGGAGCCGCAGAGUGCUCUCCCCCCCCCCACAUGCCACGCCCGCUUCUCCCCCCCCCGUGGGGGUGGGUGGCCCCUGCUCCUCCCCCCUUUAGCAGGGGGCUGGGAGUCCGGACUCCUGAGUUCUAGUCUCUUCCAAAGCAGCUUCGUGCCUCAGUUUCUCCCUCCGUUCUCUAGGGAUGUGGAUUCAGCACCCGCCUGUAGGGGGCGGUGGCGUGCCGGGGGCUGCCUGCAGGGAGGGAGCCGCACUGCAGCACCAUCCUUCAGCCCCAGAGCUGCCAGCACCCCAGGCUGAUGGCUGCACCGGGGGUGGGGUGAGGGGCCCCCUUAAUCCUCACCCCCCCCCCAGGGGAAACCCAUCUGUGGCAGAGCCGGGGAGAGAACCCAGGAGUCCCGGCUCCCAGCCCCGCCCCCUCUAACCACUAGAUCCCACUGUCCUCCCAGAACUGGGGACAGAGCCCAGGAGGCCCGGCUCCCAGCGCCCCAGCCCCAUCGCUGGGUGUUGGGGGCUGGCCGGGCCCAUGGCCUGGUCUGUUCUCCCCCCGCAGGAGCCCCUCCAGCAGUGGGGUGAAGAGGUGGAGGACGGGGCCAUCUACAGCGUCACCCUGCAGCGGGCCGGAGCCGGCCCCCCCUGCCCCUUCGUGCAGUACCGCACCUGCAAGCUGCGCCGGCUGCGCGCCGGGACCCUGCCCCAGCUGGUGAGAGGCCUGGUCUCGGCCAGUGCAGAGAGCGACCCUGGCUACCUCCCCAGCUUCCUGGCCACCUACCGCGCCUUCGCCACCCCCGGCCGCGUGCUGGAGCUGCUGCUGCCGCUGGGCCCCGACAGCGCUGUGCUGCAGGUGCUGGAGCUCUGGCUGCGUGAUCACCCCGAGGAUUUCCGGGAGCCCCCCCAGCACCCCAGCCUGCGCCAGCUCCAUGGCUACCUGCGCCAGGCAGCCCCGGGCUCAGAGGGGUGUGCGCGGGCCGAAGGGCUACUGCAGAGCUUCCAGGAGGAGCCGGGAGAUGAACAGGCGGAGCCUGAGAGUAAGAGACUCUGGGCUACAACCCCCCGCUGCCGCCUGUCCCCUGGCUACAACCCCUGCCUCCGCCUGUCCCCUGGCUACAACUUCCAGCUCCACCUGUCCUCUGCCUCUGCCUGUCCCCUGGCUACAACCCCCACCUCCGCCUGUCCCCUGCCUCCGCCUGUCCCCUGGCCACAACCCCCACCUCUGCCUGUCCCCUGGCUACAACCCCUGCCUCCACCUGUCCCCUGCCUCCACCUGUCCCCUGGCCACAACCCCCACUGCCACCUGUCCCCUGGCCACAAUCCCCACCUCCGCCUGUCCCCUGCCUCCGCCUGUCCUCUGGCUACAACCCCCGCCUCCGCCUGUCCCCUGCCUCUGCCUGUCCCCUGGCUACAACCACCGCCUCCGCCUGUCCCCUGGCUACAACCACCGCCUCCGCCUGUCCCCUGCCUCUGCCUGUCCCCUGGCUACAACCACCACCUCCGCCUGUCCCCUGCCUCCGCCUGUCCCCUGGCUACAACUUCCACCUCCACCUGUCCUCUUCCUCUGCCUGACCCCUGGCUACAACCCCCACCUCCGCCUGUCCCCUGCCUCCGCCUGUCCCCUGGCUACAACCACCGUCUCCGCCUGUCCCCUGCCUCCACCUGUCCCCUGGCCACAACCCCUGCCUCCACCUGUCCCCUGGCUACAACCCCCGCCUCCACCUGUCCUCUGCCUCCGCCUGUCCCCUGGCUACAACUUUCGUCUCUGCCUGUCCCCUGGCUACAAUUCCCGCCCUCCGCCUGUCCCCCUCACCCCCAGCUACAACCCCCACCUCCACCUGUCCCCCAGCUACAACCCCCCAGCAUCUGUCCCCCUCCUGGCUCUUCCACCACCACCACCAGUCCCCUGGCUACAGCCCCUCCUCUGCCUGUCCAUCUUAGCCCCUCCUCCGCCCAUCCCUUGGCUGGAACCCCUCAGCGCCUGUCCCCCUCGCAGGCCUCUGUGCAGCCGGCGGAUCUGAUGCCCUGCGCUGUCUCCCCUGCAGGCUGUGAAUCCCCUGGGGAUGGUCCGCUGGUGUUGGGGGGCGAGGGGGGGCCAGAGGGCUGCGGGGAGUCCCCCGAUCUCCUGUCGUUCAGUGUGGAGGAAGUGGCCGAGCAGCUGACGCUAAUGGAUAUAGAGCUGUUCAUGCAGGUGCGGCCCUUCCACUGCCUGGGCUGCGUGUGGUCGCAGCGGGACCGCGAGGGGGCAGCGCCCAGCGUCCGCGCCACCGUGGCCCAGUUCAACGCCGUCACCAGCUGCGUCGUCGCCUCGGUGCUGGGUGACGUGCAGCUCCGUGCGCCGCAGAGAGCCCGGCUGCUGGAGAAGUGGGUGGCCAUCGCCCAGCACUGCUGCGUUCUGCGUAACUUCUCCUCCCUGCGAGCCGUGAUCUCCGCCCUGCAGUCCAGCCCCGUGCACCGGCUCAAGAGGACCUGGGCUGCCGUCAGCCGGGACACCAUGGGCAUCUUCCGGAAGCUCUCGCAGAUCUUCUCCGAUGACAAGAAUCACCUGAGCUGCCGGGAAAUCCUGCUGCAGGGAGAUGCUGCCCAGGGCGUCCCCGAGGGAGCUCCCAGCCCCCGCGUCGCCCGCAAAGCGACUCAGAAACUGAAUCCCCCGGAGAAGCCAGCGGCGCCCCCCCCGGGCACUGUCCCGUACCUUGGCACCUUCCUGACGGAUCUGGUGAUGCUGGACACGGCGCUGCCGGAUUUCCUGGAGGGUGGGCUCAUCAACUUUGAAAAGAGGCGGAAGGAGGCCGAGAUCCUGCUGCGGAUCCAGCAGCUGCAGGCGUCGUGCCGGGGCUACGCCCUGCGCCCCAACCCCCCCGUGCUGGCCGCCUUCCAGCGCCACGGCCGGCUCGCCGAGGAGCAGAGCUACCGGGUCUCGCGGCUCAUUGAGCCCCCAGCCGACUCCUGCCCCAACUCACCCCGCGUCAAACGCAGCCUCAGCAAACGCUUCAGCUCGCUCCUGCUGGGGGCCGAGGCCCUGCCCCCCCGUCUGCCCUCCGCCAAGGGCAGCAUCUCGCCCGCGGGCACCGGCAGCAGCUGCGAAGCCGAUGAGGGGCCCAGUGCCCCCUGCUUCCCGGAGGUGGGGGGGCCCCUUGGCAAGAGCCUGCUGGAGCUGCCGGUGAGCACCUGCCCCCCCGAGGAGCCGCCCUCCCCCCUCGCCCGCUGCCCCGGCUCGCCCCUGUACAACCAGCAGGGGGCGGACUCGUGCAUCGUGCGGGUCAGCGUGGACAACGCCCACGGCAACCUCUACAGGAGCAUCCUGCUGACCAGCCAGGACAAGACCCCGGCCGUGGUGCUGCGCGGCCUCCAGAAACACGGCCUGGACGGGACCCCGCCCGGAGCCUUCCAGCUCCUGCAGCUGCUGGGGGGCGGCAGAGAGCUGCUGAUCCCUGAUGGGGCCAACGCCUUCUACGCCAUGAAUCCAGCCGCCAACUUCGACUUCGUCCUGCGCCGGAAGGGCCCCCCCAGCCCCCGCCUCCCCCGACCCACCACUGCCCACAAAACCCCCCCUCCCCUCCCCCCCAGCCCAGCCCUAACCACGGAGCCCCCACUCCCCUCCCCCCCAGGGCCCUUUUCGCCCCCAGCACCGCGCAGGCCGGGCACCCCCCCAUGCUCCCCCCUCUCCUCCCUCCCAGCCCCUAGCACCUCCCCCCGGCAGCCUCCCCCGGCCUCUCCCCCCUGAUCUCCACCCAGAGCCCCCUGCUUCAUUCCCCAGCCCCCACCCCCACCCCACCCCCACCCCGGCUGCAGGUCCAGCUCCUCCCUGCACCCGCUGUUGGCCCCUCCCCAAGUCGCCAGGACCCUGGGGAUCUACACCACCCCACCCCGCCAUCGGGGAAACAAGCCUCAGCUGGGCUCCCCCAAUUCCCACCCCCCCCAGUCAGUCCCUGGGUAUGGGGCCACCCCCCUCAGCCUGCCCCCCGUCCCCCCCUGCAGCCAGGAGCGCGGCGCGUGCCGUGGGGCACCGGAGACGCUAGGAUCGGCUGUGCUGGGGGCUGCCCUGCUCCCAGGAAGAGGGGUUUGGGGGGCAGGCGAUCCACGGGGGCCUGGAGGGGCCAGCGCUCCUGGGAGAGGUCCCCGCUGAGGGGUGGGGUCUGUGCUGGGGGUUCCCCCCUCGCUGCUCCCCAGCAAUCAGCCGGGGGGGGGGGGGCUCUGAAUCCUGGAUUUUCCA